CAGCGGCAACUUCGCAGUCAAACGGUCACCGGCUACCAACACGCAUCGCGGCGUCUCUUUCUCUCGCGCUUCUGAUCCAACUCAAAAGCUGUGAAGCACAAAAAGAAAACAAGCAUACUUAUGUAGUAAAAAAAAAACGAUAUUUAAAAUACGAAAAGAUUAUCGAAACGCGUUUUAAAUCGUUAUCGAACUAUGAACUGAAGUGCAACAAGUGCUACCGAAUUGCAAAAUUGAUUGUAAACAAAAAACGUAACGUUCGAUCUCCAUAAAGACAAAUCAAUACUGAUCCUGAUUCAGAUUAUUAUUAAAUCAAAAUGAGCAACACGAUGACAGCAGCCCAUGAGCCGACCAUGCAUUAUUUGGACAGCAUUUUGAACGAGGAGGAGAAACGUUGCGGCGAUCAAUAUUCGCAUCAAUGGCGGAAUUUCACAAUUUCUCGCUCAGGUCGCUUCAGGUCGAAGAACAAGAAACGGGAUGUGGUUGAUGGCAAACUUUUCGAUGGCAGUAAUGCCAAGGAAAACAAUGAUAAGAUCUCUGCGCGAAACACAGCGAAAUCAUCCUCCUAUUCAGCAACUCCAACAAUUGGAAGCAGCAACAACAACACAUCGAUAGCUCCAACAGCAACAGGAACGACGACGACGUCAGUGCGAAGUCAACGUGACAAAACGGAGAGCUAUAAAAGCUUUUACGAAACAAAUUUAUAGAUAGUGUUU